AUGACACAACUUAUAGAAGAUAUCCAACAGCAUAAUUCAUACAGAAAAAUGCAUUCUAAAAUUAGAUAUAAUUUUGUCCUCCACAGAACUGGUAGUUUUUCUCUGAUAAUUUUCAUACCGCCCGGCAAUAAAAUUCUCAAAUUCAUCCAAAGUAUCAUUUGCAAUACACUGUCUAAUUUUCCUAAAAAACCUCAAAUAGUGAUGAAUAUUGUGAAUCAUAAUCAAAACCGGGGCCAACAAUUCUUGCACGGUCAGCAGGUGGUGGAUAUAAGCUCUAGUAUAUUUUUUGCAGGCCAAACAUUCACAGCCAUCUAUGAUAGGGGUGGCAGUGAGCACUGA